AUGGUGUCCAUCACACUCAGUCUUGUCGUCCUUGCAUUUUCAGCCUGCGGUAGAGCAAGUCCUGUCCGCAAAACUCACCCAACUGUACACCUUGCGCCAGAUAUAGUUCGGUUCGAGGGGUCAUCAGCAAACAAUGUCGAAUCGUUCCUCAACAUCCGUUUCGGCCAAGAUACCGGAGGCAACAACCGCUUCGCACCACCAAAGCCAUACAAUUACCCAACCGGCUCUGUGGUAAACGCCACUCAGUCCGGGGCCGCUUGUCCACAGCAAAAGGUUCCAGUUGAAGGCAUUUCAGUCUUUGAUAAUGUCACCCAUAUCUCUGAAGACUGUCUUACCUUACGUGUCGACCGUCCCGCCAAUACCUGCAGCACGGCCAAGCUCCCCGUUAUGGUCUACAUCUACGGCGGCGGAGACUCCAUUGGCCAGAUUUAUGAUUCUGCUUAUGAUCCAACCACUUUGAUCUCCGGUGCGACCCAAAAGGGCAUACCUGUUAUCUACGUCGCUAUGAACUACCGUGUUGGGGUUUUCGGAUUCGCCGCGUCGCCGGCAUUGAAUGAUUCAGACUCGUUAAAUGCAGGACUACUAGAUCAGAGACUCGGUCUGGAAUGGGUGCAAAAGCAUAUCUCGGCAUUUGGAGGCGAUCCGGAUAAUGUCAUUAUCUUUGGAGAGAGUGAUGGUGCGACUGGAGUCGGUCUUCAAAUCACGGCUUACGGAGGCAAUAUGAAGGCUCCUUUCCAGAGAGCCAUUAUGCAGUCUGACAAUGCUGCCGCCGAUGCUGGGACUGCGAGCAAUGCCUCUAUGAAGCACACAGCUCAGUUGAUCCGCAAACUCAGCUGUACUGCAUCUACAAGUGCGAAAGAGCUUGCUUGUCUGAGGAAAGUACCUCUCGAAAAGCUGCUAUCAACUGCGGUUGAGUAUGAAUAUAGCCUCAAUUCAUAUGGAUUCGAUGUUUUCAUUCCGACGGCGCCAUCUACUUUCAUCCCCGAGAGCCCCUCGGAGCUUCUGAGAUCUGGUCGGUUCGCUCGCAAUAUCGACAUGAUCGCUGGGUGGAAUGAAAACGAUGCAUCCCUCUUCACGCCAUCCACGCUCAACUCAACCGUCGGUGUGGCAGAGUUUUUGUCCGCCUCUCUGCCAAAUCUGUCAAAAGAAAAUAUCCAGAAAGCUCUUUCUCUCUAUCCAGUCUCAUCUUUCUCGGACAUGCCGACGGAAAAUAUCAGCGCGCAAUACUUCCGUGCGAGCCAAAUGAUGCGUGAUAAUCAAUUCGUGUGCCCAAGCAUCUUUACGGUCCAAAUGAACAACAAAUAUUCGGACUUGAACACCUCCAACUACCUCUUCGUGCUUAACCAGACAAUCUUCGCUCCGGUAUACGCCGAGGAGCACACAUCUUACUUGGGUGUCUCACACUUCAGUGACAUUCCCUACGUCUUCAACCAGGUGAAUACCAGGUAUUCAUCUAUUGCCUCGGCAUCGGGUGUGAAGCUGUCAUCGGAGAUGAGUGGCAGCUGGGCCUCAUUUGCUGUAUAUGGUGACCCUUCCCGAGCGCGAGGUACAAUUCCGGAUUGGUUUGAUGCUGUUUCAUCAUCAAAUGGAACAGAAAGACAGCUCAGUCUGCAGGUUAUUGGCGGACCUCAGCCUGGAAUUGUGCCCAUUGGGCGGACUCGGGGCUCCUAUGAAGAUUUAACCUGCCGGUGUGCUUUUUGGAAUUCGCCCGAGGUGUUUGCACAGAUGGGUGUUUGA